AUGGGAGAUGAGACCCUGGAGGACGCCGCCCCGAGCGCCGCAGAGCGGCAAGCUGUAUACGAAAAAGGCUUUCGUAUCUGGAAGAGCCUUUAUCUUCACGCGACACAAGAAUCUAGCUUUCCAAGGACAUGCUUUGAUAUCCAGCCAAUUCUUACAAAGCAGCCUCAAUUUCCAAAUGACUUGGAUCUGAAAGCUUCUUACAACCAUCUCUUUGUUCAAGGUACAUCAACAUGGAAGGGAUCAGAGGAUUGCAAUAUGCCUUCCCAGGAACGGCACCUGCAGAUUCCUGUUUCGAUUAAAUGUCCUAUUCCUCUUAGCUUAUCAGCCGAUAUAGAUGAAAGCUAUCUGGAAUGGUUCACUUUGGAGGAAAGUCAUAUCGCAGUGUUAAUGUGUGCGUGGAGCUAUACCCUUUCGGCUCGCUGGGCUGAACUCAUGCCCGAGGCUAUACUCGCAUAUACGGAAGGCACAGCAUACAAUAGCGACGGAUCCGGAGAUCAAAAUUCUGUUACGGUAGAUAUAGGGGGCGUUGACGAUGAUGCAGUGAGGUGGUGGACUGCUAUUUUAGCAAUAGGAGGGUGGGAGGCCUACAUUGUGGCUGGGGAAAACAGAUAUCGAUCCCCUUGGUCAACUAAUCUUCCAGCGGAACCGAUUUUUAGCAUCGCCAAUCACAGCAGAAAAGGUCCCUACUUCGGAACACCUAUCUCAGAUACAACUGCCCUGGGCUUACUAUGUGAUUAUUGCGCGCUACAUGGCAUUGUGGAUCAGGGCUAUGCAGCAUUGUCAGCCGUCCUACUUCUUCCAAUGGUACAUGACAACAGAAAGACUGUCCAAAUUCCGCGACCAAUACAAAGGCACAAACCCAACCACAAACUCAACCGUAAGGCCAAGUCAUCAAAGCUCACUUCCCACCUUGACCUUGCCUGCAUCCAGGAAGUCAAUAAUCUUGAUAAACUCCUCACCAUGAGCUGCAAUACGAAAGGGAUGCGCUCGCUGCUAUCGAGCAUAUUCUACGAGUCAGGGAUAGCUUGCAAUGUUGUAAGCCCAUGGCUGCAAUCUAUAACUGCUGUUGUAAUUUCCGUCGCAGACAAACGCAUUCUCACCCAUAUGCUAAUGAGACGAGUCCCUCACCUUGCAUUUUUAUGGCUAGGUGGAGCAGUUUUGAACAUUCAGGAGCACAUCUUAUAUGAGGGAAAAUUCGGACUAAUUCCUACCGAGCUACAUGCUGCAGUGUGGUCUGGAACCACGCAAUCAUUCAUGCAGGAGCCUAUUCAUCCUGCAACAAAUGGUCAUAUUCGGCGCUCUGACGAAUGCCGACUUCUUUAUUUCAUUCAGGAGGAACAUCACACCCGAUGGCCUAUAUGUCAGUGGACGCCGUUCGGCGUCACGGCCCUGCAAGACACUGAGAUCGAUGUCCGUCUGCAUGCAGACUGUGCUGGGCAUUGCCUUCAGUAUGCGGGGUGGAAGUGGACUUGCCAGAAUGGUAGGGUGGCAUAUCAAAUGUCCGACAACACUCCUCCUCCAAACCUCCCCCCCGAAGAGCCAGUGGUGACAAAUGUCACAAUCGACUACCAAGGUCUUAAUCAUGGUGACGAGGGUGUAUCAGAAAAUGCAACUCGGAGCAUCUUCGGCUGGCUCCGAGUUGAGGGAUUCCCUCCCAAUGAAAAGAAGAUCCACGAUUGGAUCUACAUCGAUGAGUCCGAUUAUGAGCACCCAUGA